CAACGUCACAGCGCUAAGGAUCAUGGGAGAUGCAGUUACUUUACCGUGAAAGAGGCGGAUCGUAACCUGCGCCAUCUUGGCAGUUUGUCCCGUUAAGGGCCAGCCCCUCUUUAAACUACGCAGAGGUGUGUGUGGCUGUUUUUAAACCUCGGAGGUUAUGACUGGCGGGAGCGACUUUCACAAGAGCUACGCUAAUAACAAGGACUCGGAGCCCACGAUGGACGUGGACAUGGAUUCGAGUCAUAUGGAAGGCGAGCGGGGUGAGCUGGACGGCAGCAUUCCGGCUGCGUGUUCCUCCAACGGCAGUGGCGGGGAGGAGGAUGAGGCGGAGGCCCUCGGCCGUUCCAGGGAAGCCGGGAGUUCGAGUAGUCAGCACACCCCUGACGGAGGAGGGGUGCUCGGUGGGAGGGAGCAGGAGGUGUCGGUGGAAAUCGGAGAGACGUAUUUAUGUCAAAGAGCCGAUAAGACAUGGCACACAGCAGAGGUUAUUCAGUCCAGACUGAACGAACAGGAGGGCAGAGAAGAGUUUUAUGUUCACUAUGUUGGGUUCAAUAGGCGGCUGGACGAAUGGGUGGGUAAGUCUCGCCUGGCACUUACCAAGACGGUGAAGGACGCGGUUAGGAAGAGCACAGAGAUCGGUGGCGUUGGAGAUCUGGGUGACCAGCCUGAGAGGAAGAUCACCCGCAACCAGAAGCGCAAGCAUGAUGAGAUCAACCAUGUGCAGAAGACAUACGCAGAGAUGGACCCAACGACAGCUGCACUGGAGAAGGAGCACGAGGCGAUCACCAAAGUGAAGUAUGUGGAUAAGAUCCAGAUAGGAAACUUUGAGAUCGAUGCCUGGUACUUCUCACCGUUUCCUGAGGAUUAUGGGAAGCAGCCCAAGCUGUGGAUCUGCGAGUACUGCCUCAAAUACAUGAAGUACGAGAAGACGUUCAGACAUCACCUGUCACACUGUCAGUGGAGGCAGCCUCCAGGCAAAGAGAUUUACAGGAGGAGCAACAUAUCUGUGUACGAGGUGGACGGGAGAGACCACAAGAUCUACUGUCAGAAUCUGUGUCUACUAGCCAAAUUAUUUCUUGACCACAAGACGCUUUAUUUUGAUGUGGAGCCCUUCAUCUUCUACAUCCUCACUGAGGUCAACAAACAGGGAGCGCACAUCGUCGGCUACUUCUCCAAAGAGAAAGAGUCUCCGGACGGGAAUAACGUGGCCUGUAUUCUCACGCUGCCGCCUUACCAGCGCAGAGGCUACGGGAAGUUCCUGAUAGCUUUCAGCUAUGAGCUGUCUAAGCUGGAGAACACAGUGGGGUCUCCGGAGAAGCCGCUCUCUGAUCUGGGGAAGCUUAGCUACCGAAGUUACUGGUCCUGGGUCCUGCUGGAGAUCCUGAGGGACUUCAGAGGAACGCUGUCCAUCAAAGACCUCAGCCAGAUGACCAGCAUCACACAGAGUGACAUCAUCAGCACGCUGCAGUCGCUCAACAUGGUGAAAUACUGGAAAGGUCAGCACGUCAUCUGUGUGACGCCCAAACUGGUGGAGGAGCACCUGAAGAGCGCCCAGUACAAGAAACCACCAAUCACAGUGGACACGAUGUGUUUAAAGUGGGCGCCUCCAAAAAACAAACAGGCCAAGCUGUCCAAGAAGUGAGGAAUGGAGCCGUGGACGUGUAAUCAUCACCGGGCUUUUCUGUCAGCGCUGUACAUAAUUUUUAGUCUCUCCUGUCUGUAUUUUUCUAAAUAAAUCUCUAAAAUAAA